CCAACCUUCGCACAACGGGAAAUCUCCCUCCGCAACCAAUCCGGUAGACGAAGCUGGAUAUCUUGGUGGAGAGUCCCAGAGGACGAGAUCAAGGGUAAAUUCUGGCAUAUCUCCCAUGGUCGAAGAAUGAAUGGGACGUGAUACAAAUAUCUGGAGUCAUGGCCUUUUGAUAUAUAUUCUAUCGUUCGCCAGACACAACCCGACCGAUGUCGCCGUCUUAGAGUGUGUCAUAAGAAAGACAUCAGUCGGAGACUGCACUGUGAAGGUUCUGUCGCGGUUUGUCCCUUUCAUGCGUUUGACUCUCCUUGUGCUAUAUAUAUAUUGUCGCCCUCUGGCCAUCAGCGCACGCGGCAACAUCACCGUAUUUCGACAGACGACAACAUAUAUCAUAUUUGCUUAAUCAAUCAUGGUCAGAGACGUUGCUCCUAAGGCAGGGUUGCCUGCUGAUUUCCUCUGGGGCUUUGCUACAGCAGCAUAUCAAAUUGAAGGUGGUGCCACAGCAGACGGUCGAGGCCCUUCGAUAUGGGACACAUUCUGCAAAACUCCCGGCAAGAUCGCUGACGGCAGUUCUGGCGAUGUUGCCUGCGACUCAUAUCACCGCACAGCACAAGACAUCGAAUUGCUCAAGAAGACUGGCGCUCAAGCAUACCGAUUCUCCAUCUCAUGGUCCCGCGUCAUUCCCAAGGGUGGCCGUAAUGACCCUGUCAAUCAAGCCGGCAUAGACUUCUACGUCAAACUCGUAGAUGACCUCCUUGCAGCUGGCAUUACACCCUUUGUCACUCUCCUCCAUUGGGAUCUCCCAGACGAGCUCUACAAGCGGUACGGCGGGUACCUGAACAAGGACGAAUUCGUCGCUGAUUUCGCCAACUAUUCCCGUGUCAUAUUCGAAGCCAUGGGUCCUCGCGUCAAGCACUGGAUCACAUUCAACGAGCCUUUCUGCAGUGCUAUUCUCGGGUACAAUUACGGUGUCAUGGCCCCGGGACACACCAGCGAUCGCAAGAAAAGCCCUAUUGGUGACAGCAGUACCGAGCCCUGGAUCGUCGGGCACAAUAUCCUCGUGGCGCAUGCACACGCCGUCAAGGUCUACCGCGAAGAGUUCAAGCCGAAGUUCGGUGGCGAAAUUGGUAUCACGCUGAACGGAGACUGGACGGAACCAUGGGACCCGAACGACGAACAAGACCGCCUCGCAUGUGACCGCAAAAUCGAGUUCUCGAUCUGUUGGUUUGCGGACCCCGUCUACUUUGGACGCUACCCUGAGAGCAUGGUCAAGCAGCUUGGCAACCGACUGCCCACAUUCACGGAGGAAGAGAGCAAGCUGCUCGCGGGCUCGAACGACUUCUACGGCAUGAACCACUACUGUGCGAACUACGUCCGGCAUCGCGACGGGGACGCAGAUCCGAAUGACUUUAGCGGCAACUUGGAUAUCUUGAUGGAAGACAAGCACGGCAAUAUCAUUGGUCCCGAGACACAAAGUUUCUGGCUGCGCCCGCAUGCUCCGGGUUUUAGGAAACUCAUGAAGUGGUUGAGCGAUCGGUACGGGCGGCCGAAGAUAUAUGUCACGGAGAAUGGGACCAGUAUCAAGGGUGAGAACGACCUGUCGAUGGAGGAGAUCUUGGAGGAUGAUUUCCGGUUGGAGUAUUUCCGCAGUUACAUCACGGCCAUGGCGGAGGCGGUGGCCGAGGAUGGGUGUGAUUGUCGCGGAUAUAUGGCUUGGAGUCUUAUGGACAACUUCGAAUGGGCCGAGGGAUAUGAGACGAGGUUCGGGGUCACGUAUGUCGACUAUGAGAAUGGGCAGAAGCGGUAUCCGAAGAAGAGUGCCCUCGAGCUGAAGAAUAUCUUCGAUCAGUAUAUUGGCAAGGUGUAGUCCAACCUUGGUAGACUGUGGAGUGGAUGUUGUGUUGGGAUGAUUUUCGUUCGACCACGUAAGGUGCCAGCUGGGGAAAUUGGUUAGACUGUGUGGUGAGGGUCCAUUUCGGCCGAUGGUUUCAUUGCAAUAAUGGUUGGCAAUUCAAUCAAUGGACUUCUAAAUAA